UCCAAGGUUGUUGGAAAGAAGAGCCUGCUGCGGACCCUGCAGACUCUGGGGUCAGUACCAGACUGGAAGAGCGACGACCGUCAGCAGGACAGCGACAGUGAGACAGAAGCGGCUCCAUCGCACAGUAAGAAGAAGAAGAAGCGAAGGAAAAGGCGAAAGCAAGCGGAGACAACAGGAGAGCAGCAAGAGAAUGGAGACUUGGAUCGGACUGUUAAGGAGGAGAAACCUGUAGCAAAGAAGAGGAAGAAAGACAACAGAUUUGGGGCCCCGAAGGUAAAAAACACAUCUGUGGGAGAGACAAAGGAUGAAGAAGUGACAGAGUCUGUUAAAGUGAAUAUAAUCAAGCCAGACAGCACAGAUAAACUGAACAGACGACAGUGGAAAAACAAAAUGAAGAACAAGAGGAAUUGUAAAAAUAAAUACAGACAGGAUAAGCCUGCGGAGGAAGUCAAGAAAUCAGAAUCUGCCGAGAAACAAAAACCAAAGGAGGACGUCAAAACAGAUUCAUAUGGCAGCAAUAACAACAAUGAAAAAAUCAGCCAGACAGCUGCUAAGAAAAAUGAGCAUAAACCACAGAAAAGGAAAAAGACUGAAGAGGACACCGACACAUCCCAUCCAACAGAAACACAGACACUCAGAGAAGAAAAGCAGCAGGUUGCAAAGGAGAAAAAAACAAAAGGUAGCAAAGUUGAAAAAGGUGCAACUGAAUCUCCUGCUGAUGGAUCAAAACAGAAAGCAGAUGACCCUGAAGUGGAGGCCACAGACGUUCAGCACCAGCUACCCCUGAAAAGACCGAAACCCGAGCUGAGCAGAGAACUGAGUCUGAAAAGAGAGAAGCUACGGAAAAUGCUCCGCAGCCAGGAAACGGACCAAAGGGAGAUUCCUGCAGAGACUAAAGACGAGCCGGCGGCACUGGAAGAGGUGAAACCGGACCGCUCUGCCUCCCUCAGGUCCCGCAUGGAGCAGCGCUUGGAGUCGGCUCGUUUCCGCUUCAUUAAUGAAGUUCUGUACAGCACGACCAGCGGCGAGGCCAAGCGCAUGUUCAAGCAGGAUCCGCAGGCCUUCGGGAUCUACCACAGAGGAUACACGGCGCAGGUUCAGAGGUGGCCCGCCAAUCCAGUGGAUGACAUCAUCUCGUACAUUCGUCUAAAACCUUCCUCUCUGGUGGUUGCAGACUUUGGUUGCGGUGACUGUAAAAUAGCGCGCAGUGUGAAGAACAAAGUGCACAGCUUCGACCUGGCUGCUACCUGUGAGCUUGUGACAGUCUGCGACAUGGCCAACGUCCCGCUUCGUGAUGGCUCUGUGGACAUCGCCGUGUUCUGCCUUUCUCUCAUGGGAACCAACCUGGCUGAUUUUCUAGCAGAGGCUAAUCGUGUUUUAAAGAGGGGGGGUGUUCUUAAAAUCGCAGAAGUGGCGAGUAGGUUCGAGAACGUGCGGAGCUUCGUCACUGCGCUGGCAAGUCUGGGAUUCAAGCUGGUGUCCAAGGACACAGAGAACACUCAUUUCUACUCCUUUGAACUACUGAAGACGGGAGAUGCACCAGAAAAUAUAAAGAAAUUUGGGCUGCAGUUGAAGCCUUGUGUCUACAAGAAAAGAUAAUGAGAGACGAGUUCACUCAAACAGUGUCUGUGUUUGGUUUACUGUUCAAAGCAGUAGUUGUAUAUUGUUCUUGGUGGCUACAUGUUGAAGCCUCUGUAAUCUUUUUUUUUUUUUCUUUUCCCAGAUAUGAGUUGAAUUAUGUGCUUUAUUUGUACAUGAAUUGUCAUGUAAUACGGGGCUCACUGAUCAUGUGCCAUCAAUAUCCAAGAGCAGGUUUCCCUUUCGAUUGUCUCCAGUUUAAGAUGAUCAGUGACGUAAGACUCUGGACACUGUAUACAGACAACCAAAAGUUAUCUAAAAUAUUAAGAUUCUUCAAUUGAAAAAUGCUAAAAUGUCUGGAAUAAGUGACAAAUAUAUACAUUUUUUAAAUGAAUCUGUGUUGUGACUAUGAUAAAGUAUUCUUAGGGGCUCCAACACUCAUUUGUAUUUGUUUUUUGUUGGAAAUUACAGAAGUUGUGUGGCACUAAACCUUCUACACGCUGAAAGAUAGCUUUUUAUUUGUAUUUACUCCAAGACACUUUAAGAGGAAAUAAAUCUUUAAGGGGUUCUGAGUUCAA